AACUCAUUUUGCAAGAUCUUGCCAGAUUAAUUAUAAACCUGACAGUUGCAUGGGAUCAAGAGGGGGCGGGGGGCCCAGGGUUACCCAGGGAAUCAAGGGCGGGACAAGGCCAAACUAAUUCUGAUUGGGCAAUCAUUCAGCAAGGAUUGUGCGUUAAGGAGUGAACCAGAAACCGCGUAGGGGGCGCGCCUGAGAGCCUGAAAACUUCCUGGUAAGCAAAUACUGAGGUUGGAAAGGGCCUGAACCCGGCAGUCCAGAGAUCCAGGUCGAGUUCCGGUUUCCCUGCUUACGGGUCGGGCGGCCUCCCUACGUUGCGAUAACCCCUCUGAGCGCCCUUCCUUGCCGAUUAAAGCAAGGAUGAUCAAGUCUCACAAGUGUUUGGAAAAUGAUUCUAACCCAAUCUCUGGUGUAAAAAAAGCAAACCACAACCACUCGGGAGCUUUUUUUUUUUUUUUUUUUUAACAGGGCAACACGUGGCUCCCAGUUCGGGUCCCGAGUGGGCGGGUGCAGGCACAGGCUCUGCCUCCCCUAAAAGGGCAGACGGUCUGAAAGGGGGUGGCGACACCUGUCCGCACACACCUGAGCCUGCGGAGGAACGAGCGGUGCACAAAAGCGCUCCCCACCCCCACACAGCACCCAGCGCGCGCCUCUCACCACGCCCGAGGCUGUGCUCUGGAGAUGCCUGCCUUGCCCUUUUCUUCCUGCAGUAGCCAGGCCUUUGCCAUUUACUGGGCGCUUUCAGAAUGUUCAUUCCUCCAUAAUUUCCACUGCUCGAAGGCUGCUCGAGGAACAGCAGCAGAGGCGAAACCCAGGUCUGUCGGUUUACGAGAAUGCAGUUUCCAAGUAUGGCUCUCAGUUCCAAGGCAAUUCCCAGCAUGACGCCCUGGAAUUCCUGCUCUGGUUGCUGGAUCGUGUACACGAGGACCUGGAGGGUUCAUCCCGAGGGCCGGUGUUGGAGAAGAUCUUCCUUGACUUGUCCCCACUGCCUGAAACAGAGCAACACCUUCGAUCCUUUCCUGUGUGUGUCCCUACCUAUCCCCUUGCGCCAGACGAGGUUCUUGAGUGUCACCUUGGUCUUCCCCUCUAAGAGCCAGCGGUUCCUGCGGGUUGGCCUGGCCGUGCCAAUCCUCAGCACAGUGGCAGUCCUGAGGAGGAUGGUUGCAGAGGAAGGAGGUGUCCCUGCAGAUGAGGUGAUCUUAGUUGAACUGUAUCCCAGUGGAUUUCAGCGGUCUUUCUUUGAUGAAGAGGACCUGAAUACUAUCGCAGAGGGAGAUAAUGUGUAUGCCUUUCAAGUUCCUCCCUCACCCAGCCAGGGGACUCUCUCAGGUAUAACAGCUCAUCCACUGGCUCUGUCGGUCUCCCCACGCCUGGCAGCCCGUGAGGGCCAGCGAUUCUCCCUCUCUCUCCACAGUGAGAGCAAGGUGCUAAUCCUCUUCUGUAACUUGGUGGGGUCAGGGCAGCAGGCUAGCAGGUUUGGGCCGCCCUUCCUGAUAAGGGAAGAUAGAGCUGUUUCCUGGGCCCAGCUCCAGCAGUCCAUCCUCAGCAAGGUCCGCCAUCUUAUGAAGAGUGAAGCCCCUGUACAGAACCUGGGGUCUUUGUUCUCCAUUCGCGUUGUGGGACUCUCUGUGGCCUGUAGCUAUUUGUCUCCGAAGGACAGUCGGCCCCUCUGUCACUGGGCAGUUGACAGGGCGUUGCAUCUCAGGAGGCCGGGAGGCCCUCCACAUGUCAAGCUGGCGGUGGAGUGGGAUAGCUCUGUCAAGGAGCGCCUGUUCGGGAACCUCCAGGAGGAGCGGGCGCAGGAUGCCGACAGCGUGUGGCAGCAGCAGCAGGCGCACCAGCAGCACAGCUGUACCUUGGAUGAAUGUUUUCAGUUCUACACCAAGGAGGAGCAGCUGGCCCAGGACGAUGCCUGGAAGUGUCCGCACUGCCAAGUCCUGCAGCAGGGGAUGGUGAAGCUGAGUUUGUGGACGCUGCCUGACAUCCUCAUCAUCCACCUCAAGAGGUUCUGCCAGGUGGGCGAGAGAAGAAACAAGCUCUCCACGCUGGUGAAGUUUCCACUCUCUGGACUCAACAUGGCUCCCCAUGUGGCCCAGAGAAGCACCAGCCCCGAGGCAGGACUGGGCCCCUGGCCUUCCUGGAAGCCGCCGGGCUGCCUGCCCACCAGUUGCCCGCUGGACUUCCUGUACGACCUGUACGCCGUCUGCAACCACCACGGCAACCUGCAAGGUGGGCAUUACACAGCCUACUGCCGGAACUCUCUGGAUGGCCAGUGGUACAGUUACGAUGACAGCACGGUGGAACCGCUUCGAGAAGAUGAGGUCAACACCAGAGGGGCUUAUAUCCUCUUCUAUCAGAAGCGGAACAGCAUCCCUCCCUGGUCAGCCAGCAGCUCCAUGAGAGGCUCUACCAGCUCCUCCCUGUCCGAUCACUGGCUCCUACGGCUCGGGAGCUACGCUGGCAGCACAAGGGGAAGCCUGCUGUCCUGGAGCUCUGCCCCCUGCCCCUCCCUGCCGCAGGUUCCCGACUCUCCCAUCUUCACCAACAGCCUCUGCAACCAGGAAAAGGGAGGGCUGGAGCCCAGGCGUUUGGUGCGGGGCGUGAAAGGCAGAAGCAUUAGCAUGAAGGCACCUACCGCUUCCCGAGCCAAGCAGGGACCAUUCAAGACCAUGCCUCUGCGGUGGUCCUUUGGAUCCAAGGAGAAACCACCAGGUGCCUCUGUCGAGUUGGUGGAGUACUUGGAAUCCAGACGAAGACCUCGGUCCACGAGCCAGUCCAUUGUGUCGCUGUUGACGGGCACUGCGGGUGAGGAUGAGAAGUCAGCAUCGCCGAGGUCCAACCUCGCCCUUCCUGCUAACAGCGAAGAUGGUGGGCGGGCCAUCGAAAGAGGUCCAGCCGGGGUGCCCUGUCCCUCAGUUCAACCCAACCACUGUCUGGCCCCUGGAAACUCAGAUGGUCCAAACACAGCAAGGAAACUCAAAGAAAACGCAGGGCAGGACAUCAAGCUUCCCAGAAAGUUUGACCUGCCUCUCACUGUGAUGCCUUCAGUGGAGCAUGAGAAACCAGCUCGACCGGAGGGCCAGAAGGCCAUGAACUGGAAGGAGAGCUUCCAGAUGGGAAGCAAGAGUAGCCCCCCCUCCCCCUAUGUGGGAUUCUCUGGAAACAGCAAAGACAGUCGCCGAGGCACCUCUGAGCUAGACAGACCCCUGCAGGGGACACUCACCCUUCUGAGGUCUGUGUUUCGGAAGAAGGAGAACAGGAGGAAUGAGAGGGCAGAGGUCUCUCCACAAGUGCCCCCCGUCUCCCUGGUGAGUGGCAGGCUGAGUCCUGCCAUGGACGGGCAGGUUCCAGGCUCACCUCCUGCCCUCAGGAUCCCAGAGGGCCUGGCCAGGGGCCUGGGCAGCCGGCUUGAGAGGGAUGUGUGGUCAGCUCCUAGUUCUCUCCGCCUCCCUCGUAAAGCCAGCAGGGCCCCGAGAGGUAGUGCACUGGGCAUGUCACAAAGGACUGUUCCAGGGGAGCAGGCUUCUUAUGGCACAUUUCAGAGGGUCAAAUACCACACUCUUUCUUUAGGUCGAAAGAAAACCUUACCUGAGUCCAGCUUUUGAUGGAGCGUUAUCAGUAUUGUGUGACGCUGGCGUUCUUGGGACUUUGCCAAGUAACUGUAGGCAGCUUGUGUUGAAAGUGGGUUUCCAGGAAGCCAGUUGUCUUGUAAUCCCUUAAAAAUUUUUUUUGUGUGUGUGUGUGUCGGGGGGGUCUCCAUAUCUAGACUUCUAACACCCAAGGUCCACAUAACCCAAGGUCCAAAACCUUCCUGUAUCAUUGGGUGCUUUGCUACAGUCUGGCCACUAGAGGAUGCUAUUGGGUCAGUAUUACCAGUUUCAGGGCAAGAACUGAUACCUACUAAAGAGCUUUGGAUAUGGGCAAACAAAGUGAGCCUGGUUAAUAAGAAUCUUCAAUGUCAUGUCAAAUACUGUCAUUGGCUUUUCCUUUUUCUUUCUUUCUUUGUUUUUAAACAUGGUGGACUUAAAUAAAAAUAUUUUAUUUUUAAUGCUUUUCUGGGAUAAGCAUUAAAGAUACCAAAAAAAGAGAAAAAAACAAAAGAAUGAUAGUGAUGGUAAGCCAAGAUUCUAGCAGAGAGAGAUGGGAGAUAAAUGGCUGAGAGUUCAGGUGAAUAUUUAAUAUAUUACAAAUUGUAUUAAAGUUUUUCAAGGUAUUUUAAAAAUAACUAUUUUGAUACUAGAAAAAAAUGUUCAUUUUUUUAAUUUAAAUAUGAGAUCUAUGUACAAUUUUAAUAAAAUCCUGUCCAUGAAA